AAAUAAAGAACACACAAAAUGCAAAAACAUUCAGCAUCCUCCUCACAAUAUAUUAAUAUUCAGAUCACUCUUAAGUCAUUAUUUAAAAAAAUAAGAAAUAUUGUCUUGAAAUAUAUCGGAAUAUUUAUUGUAUCUUCACACGUGUAUCGCGAUACGUAUCGUAUCGCCACUCAUGCCAACACGCAGCCCCACUCUGGUCACCUUUUGUCCAUCUUCCAUUCUCUCCUUUCGUCCAGGCAUGCUUCCUUGAGGUUUUCUCCCUAAAUUUAACCUGAACUGAGGCUGAAGGCGAUGAUUACCUCCUGCAAGCUCCUCCGCCGUGACUUAUUGGUCUGUACUUAGUGGCUACGCGGAGUGCAAGAGGAGCAAUCAGCGGUCAGACGGCUGUAAAAAUAAAAGCUCGUUCAUUGGGAAGGUUGAAGAGUUUCGCUGGGUUUUUUAAGUCAAGUUCUACUAGUUGUGUUUUUUUAUGUGUGCAAUCAUGACAGUAAAAAUAUUAGAUUUACUAGAUGAUGCCGGUUAUUACAUCUUUAAAUGACAUUUUUGAUGGAAUUUGUGCAGAAAAUAUUUAUUUUCUUAAAAGUUUUCUCCCUAAGCAUUUGAAUUUAUUGUGAAAAUCGCUAUAAAAGCUAUUUUUGGAGACUGAAAAGACGAACGUGUGUGUGUGGCUGUAACCUGACACUGUAUGGGCUGGGGUUUGGGUGAGUGGAGCAGGUCAGAAGAUAGAAAGCUGGCUGUCAGGGCUCAACCUCUCCUCCCAGUUGCACAUCCUUUCAGUGCUGCUGGCGAGUCGGCUCCUUAGGAAAAAGGUGAGACGAGUAAACAUUUGAUUUGCAUAUUUACUUAAAAACUAUAAAACUAUUGCUGCGAUGUAAUUUGAGCAGGUUUGCCGAGAUCAUGAACAUCCUGCAAGUCCUGGGCCUCCUUCACCUGCUGAGUAUACCUGCUUUUACUCUGAAUACACCCUACUAUGAUUACUGGGGAGAAUUUGGGGCCUUCGGGCCCUGCAGUCGUACUUGUGGCACAGGAGUUGCAAUAAGAACCAGGAGUUGUGUUACUUCAAGGACGGAUGGAGUGCACAGUUGUGUAGGACCUUCCAAGUCCUACCGCACCUGUAACACACAGCCAUGUCCAGUUGGGUCCAAAGAUUUUAGAGAGGUGCAGUGUUCCGAGUUUGACUCAGUGGACUAUCAUGGAAGGCAUCACAGCUUGGUGCCGUACUACGAAGCGUCCAAUCCCUGCGAGCUGAGCUGUGUAAGAGGACAAAGCUACUUCUACAGAACUCAACAUCGACAUCAAGUGAUUGAUGGGACUCCGUGUCAUGAGGGACAUAAUAAUAUCUGUGUUGAAGGAGUCUGCAGGGAAUUGAACCAUGAGGAGUUUAUGGGUCUGGACAACGACACAGAGUCUCCACAUUUCUCUGUACCUGCCGUGCCUCAUCUAAGAGAGAGCCAGCCGUGCGCCUACAGGACCGGACUCUACAGCGAGUGCUCUGCAUCCUGCAACGGGGGCAUGCAGUACCGCAGCGUUGAGUGUGUGAUUGAGGAUCCUGUACACCCCCGAGUGGUGGACGAGUCUUACUGCAUCACCCAGCGCUUGCUCAAACCAGAGAGUCAGAAAUCCUGCAACAUGCACUCCUGUGGGGAGCACAGGGCAGAGUACAGCGUCUCCAGCUUCAGCGUGUGCUCUGUGACUUGUGGAGAAGGACAGCAGACGAGAGAGGUCAUCUGUGUGGGACCAAGAGGGGAACAUCUGCCCGACCACGCCUGCUCUGCACUAGCCCCGCCUCCUUCUGUCCAGGCCUGCCGCAGACCGGCCUGUUACUCACAGAUAACAUGGCACGUGACAGAAUUUGGACUUUGCUCCAGAAGCUGUGGCGGCGGCGUAAGAGAGAGGCAGGUCACCUGUCUUGAUUCCGAUCUGCAUCCAUACCCUGAGGAGCAGUGUGGAUCAGGAAGCAAACCCCCUUCUGUUGAGUCAUGUAACACUCAACCCUGUCAUGAGCCACAAACGGUUCCAAGCAUGCAGGACCCAAGUGCAUUUGAAAACACCUUCAGAGGAUACGUGCCUCAUGUUUUGGAAGAACCUGUAGAAAACUGUGUUUACAGCAGGUACGGCUGUUGCUUGGAUGGAGUGACUGUAGCUCACGGAUUUGGACGAGCUGGAUGUCCCGAGUAUCAGACAGCCGAUGUGUCGUUCCAUCCCGAAUCCGUGGUUGUGGAUUAUGACAGUAACUCCGUUCACUCCACGUACGUCUACAGGACCAGCGUCUACGGCGAGUGCUCUGCGCCGUGCAACGGCGGCGUGCAACAUCGCAGCGUGGUGUGCGUGUUUCAGGACCGGGUGGUGGACGAGUCCUACUGCAUCACUCACCAUCUGCAGAAGCCACAGCUUCAGCAGGAGUGCAACGUGAAUCCAUGUGCGGAGUACAGCGUUUCUAGCUUCAGCGAGUGCUCAGUGACGUGUGGAGAAGGGCAGCAGACGAGGGAGGUGAUCUGUGUUGGAUCAAGAGGAGAGCACCUGCCCGACCACGCCUGCAGAGGUUUGGUUCGACCUGCUUCUGUCCAGGCCUGCCGCAGACCUGCCUGUUACUCACAGAUAUCAUGGCAUGUAACAGAAUUUGAACUCUGCUCUACUAGCUGUGAUGGAGGUGUGAGGGAGAGGCAGGUCCGCUGUCUUGAUACUGAUCUGCAUCCAUACGAGGAGGAUCAGUGCGGACUAGAAAGCAAACCCCACUCGGUUGAGUCGUGCAACACUCAACCCUGUCAUGAAGCACAAAGUGUUCCAAGUGUUGAGGAUCCAGGGACCGAUGAGGGUGCAACACAAGGAUUCGUGCCUCAUGUUCCAGAAGAAUCUCCCCACCCCGACUGUGCACAGUCAGAGUUCGGAUGCUGUCCUGAUGGCUUCUCCGCUGCCACCGGCCCCGAAAACCACGGCUGUCCUGCAGAAAACGAUUGCUCUUUUAGCAGGUACGGAUGCUGUUUGGAUGGAGUGACUGCAGCUGAAGGGGAUGGACAGCUUGGAUGUUCUGAACAUCCGACAGCUGAGGAGCACCCGCCUCCCCCUGUUGAUCAGUCCUCCACGUGCUCCCUACCCCGUGAUGAAGGCCCUUGUGAAAAGUGGGUCGUCCGAUUUGCCUAUGAUGCCGCUGUCGGCAAAUGCAAGGAGUUUUGGUACGGAGGCUGCCACGGCAAUGCCAAUAACUUUGCAUCUGAGCACGAUUGCCAGAUACAAUGUGGGGAUUUCAGGACGGUGUCCGUCCCCGUCGCUGUCUCUGUCCCGGUCUCUGUCCCGGUCUCUGUCCCUGUCCGUCGCAGAUGGACCUACAGGAGAGGUUUUCUAAGAUCUGUGAGAGUCCGGCCUUACUAUGUUGGAGCCCAUUACAGGGAAUAAAGCAAAUGAUAAACUGGAUUCUGGAAGUAGGAAAAGUAUUUCUAUUAAAGGCAGUUCUAUAAAAAGUUAUUUCCACUUUGUUUUAAGUUGUUCUGAUUCCAACACACUUCUAAAAAUAUUUGUGACAGCACAUGAAGCCUGCAUCACAACCAACCCUAUUAGCACAUCUUCUUAAUUUUAGAAUAUUGAUUAUUUUCUUUUUUGAUUAAUAAAUUGCAUUUUUUCCCCCUCAGAUUUUCCAAUUUUUUUUUUUAUUUUAUUCUUUUUUCCACAAUGCUUCCCAUAUUCAUUUAUUUAUUUUGAAUUUUGGGCAGGAAACAGCAUACUUACAAAAAGUGACUACAGAUUUUAAACAAUAAAUGUAAUAAAUCAUUCAAGUUUUGGUUACACUGCA